AGACUGCUCUCUGCUGGACUGGAGGAUCCACACUGCAGGCUGGAGAAACUCAAUGUGGAACAUGGUGGAGAGUACGCAAUGAAACCUGGCCUUAGAAAAUAUGCCUGUGAUCUCACACUGGACCCGAACACAGUAAACAGACUCCUCUCUCUGUCUGAGGAGAACAGAAAGGUGACAUGUAGGAGACAGGAGCGACGGUAUCCUGUUCACCCAGAUAGAUUUGAGGACUGUGAACAGGUGCUGUGUAGCGAGGGUCUGACUGGGCGCUGUUACUGGGAGGUAGAGUGGAGUGGGGGAGGGGCUGUUAUGGGAGUGACAUAUAAAGGAAUCAAAAGGAGAGGAGAGGGCAUUGACUGUGGGAUUGGAUACAAUGACAAGUCCUGGAGUCUGGUCUGCUCUGACUGCAGUUACAAGGCCUGUCACAAUAAUAAUCACACUACCAUAGACGUCCACUCAUCCAGCUCCCACAGAGUAGGAGUGUAUCUGGACUGGCCAGCCGGCACUCUGUCCUUCUACAGAGUCUCCUCUGACACACUGACCCACCUGUACACAUUCUACACCACAUUCACCGAGCCCCUCUAUCCAGGUUUUAGGGUUUAUGAUGUUACCUCCUCAGUGUCCCUUUGUCAAGUGGUCACUGUGUCAAACACAACAUGAUGUUUCACUCCAGUCAUGGGUUUUAUGUUUGAUCACAAUAUGACAUUUAAAUACAUGGAGGAACACACACACACACCAGUUUGGAUAAAUUUUUUCCUGGAAAUAAUAACCAUGGUAACUCUGUCCGUCUCUUUCUGUGAUCCUGCGCCCUGUGAGAACACACACACGGUACACACACACACUGUACACACACACUGGACUCACACACAAACACACACACACACACAGGACACACACACG